GCUUGCUUGCAAGCGGUGAGAUUUUGUUUUGUGUUUAAAUGACGUUGGGUGGAAUCGUCCGUACAGAACAAAGGACCCCCCUUUGCGGUAAAAACUGGAAGUGUCCGGCGACGUGUUAUAUAAUUUAAUAGAAAUUAAUACACGUUUAAGCCAACCGGGGAAGGUGUUACAUAAAGAGUAACAGUAACAUUGCAAACUAGAGUCUGUAAAGAACAGCGCAUUUAACAAUUUACCGAGGACCAAGAAAGGCAAUCUCAAUCAGAUGCACUGGACUGAAGAACAUCGCACACUGGCACAGCGCUGGGAGACACUGUGAUAUACUAUUUACAGCUUUGUAAAGUUGACUUUGUGACAGACGUGUGAGAAGCCAGCCAGGAGUUAAUUUAAGACAUACUUUCAAGUAGUCCUUCCUGCAAAUCAGUGGUUCUCACUGCAUAGUGGCAUCCAAUCAGAAAAUAAUAUGCUUCCUGGACCUACAGCCAAUAAUAUUGAUGCUAUUCUUCACAAGGGCUGUUGUGUGCACAUCAUGAUGCUAAAGCUGGUGAUGCUGAGUCUGGCUUGGCUUGGUGAAGGAAGAAAGAUUGAAACAAGUUUGUUAAAAGCACAAGAUGCAGCUUUGCUGCCUCCAAAGCCCAAGAUUGACCGCUGCCGCUCGGCCGAUAUGGAAACUUUCACAUGCUGGUGGAGCACAGCGGAUGAUGGCACAGGGGAUUCCAGAAACAGCAACUACACUCUGACCUAUACUGUGGGAUUUGAGCCAAAGCGAGAAUGCCCAGACUACAUCACUGGGGGUAAUAACAGCUGUUACUUUGACAGCGAUCUCACACAGGUUUGGGUGGUCUAUUGCCUGAAUGUCACAGCAUGGAACAAGCAUGGCUCACAGACUUCAGAUGAGCACUACCUGGAUGUUGUAGACAUAGUUGAGCCAGACCCGCCCACUAACAUGACAUACUCGUUUACAAACAGCAGCCACGAUGGUCGUGGCCAGACUGUGCUUGUGUCCUGGCUUGCCCCCGAGACUGUUGACGUGGAUAGCUGGCUCACGCUGGUUUACGAGCUGCAGUUCCGACGGAAAUCGGAAAAUCACUGGAAGGUAAAAGGUAUUCUGCGGGAGCCCAAGAUAGAAUUGCUGGACUUUCCAGAAGGAAGCUACAUUGUCAGAGUCAGAUGUAAAUCCAAGAAUUCUGGUCACUGGAGUAAAUGGAGCCAACCCAUGACAUUGAACAUUUCACUAGAGAAAUCAAUAGAUAUGAUGCUGGCACUGAUCCUAGUAACUGGAGUCAGCAUUAUGGCUUUCUUGAUAAUUGGCUUUGGCAUUUUACCUCAAAGAAAAAGGAUUAAAGCUUUUCUCCUGCCUCCCAUUCCUAAACCAAGAAUCAGUGGGAUUGAUCCGCUCCUUUUGAAGAGGGGCAAAAUGGAUGAAAUCAAUCGACUCUUCACUUCAAUCUACGGAUACAUCCCUUCUCAGUAUGCAGAGGAAUCAUGGCUGGAGGUCAGCAUGGACGGGAGCGUUUCAUCCAAAGACAGCCUAGCGGAAGCCGAUGGGAAGCCUCGCAGUACACAGUGCCCCAUUGAUCUUGUCAAGAAGAUGGUAGAAACGAAGGAGGAACAAAUGUACAUUCUGGAGCUGGACAGAUGCCAGCUGAGUCUGAACGAAAGCAUGAAUCCAAAUGAGAACGUCGCUUGGAGUUCUGAAAACAAAAUCAACGUGGAGAAAUCGUUUGAAGCUGUAACAAGCCCUGGGGGGGGAUACAGCGUCGCCCUCAGCCCAACAACAGGAUCGGGCAGUCAUGAUUUCUAUACCUGUGUGAACAGAGUGAGCUGCACUGGAGCUGUGCAGCUUACUCGCUGUUUACCAGACUUUGGACAUAAAUCCACCUUCUUGGAACUCAAAGAUUCAAAAGGCACCAUGGGAAAACCCAAGCAUCAGAAUUCAACCACCUGCAGCCCAAAAAGCACAGCCAGCCUGCCUGAUGUUAAGGGUGGUUUCAAUGAGUGGGGGAAUUGUGGAAACUUAAGCUACACAACGGUGGAGGCCCUUCACCUUCAUCAGGAUGCUGCACCUGCGACGAGAGAAGAGGAGGUGGAAUGUCCUUUCGGCUUCAGCCGGAACAAUGAAUAUUUGUGUUUGGAUCACAAUGUCCCCACAACCCCUUUACUGACAUGUCCCAUCUCAGAGAAGUAAGCUACGGUCCGAGAGUCUUUCGCAAGGAUAUCCCGUAUGAAUUGGUUCUCUGGUUUUAAGCCACAGCUGGAUUUCUGGAUAGUGCUUUCUGGUUUCCCUCAAGAUCUUCAAUUUAGAGUCAAAUUUUUUCUGCACACCACAGAAAGACUUUGUUACAUUUUAUUUUUUUCUUUAAAAAUUAUAUUUUGUAUGAAAGCCUUAUUAUAAAAAUAUAAAGCCAUGCAUCCUUCUGAAUUACCUUUUUGAGAUAGAAAAGAAAAACUACAGCAGAAAAAAAUACAAUUUAAAAAGGGAACGCCAAAACCAGAACACCAAUAAAUAAGUUCUUAUUGCCAAAGGAAAGGCAUUUAAAGUAAUAAUAGUUUACAAGCCUUUGAAACAUGUCUUGCCUCUCAUUAGCAUAACUACACUAAUAAGUCCCUAUCAUUUUGCUGUGUAAAGCAUAGUUUCCUAUUCAGGUGAAACGCAUUUAUCCUGCCACAGCACUGUAAGUCCCAUCCAGUGCAGAGGGGAUUAGGAUGACCCCAGAGCCUCACGCUCACCUCUAUAAACCAGCAAAUGAUACUGAGGUGGGGUCCCAUUAUCUGUAACACACAAAAAGAAGUGAGAGAGGAAACCAUAUUUCUAUCACUGUCAGACGUACUGUGUUAUAACGUACUAAUUGGGACAUGUGAGGUAAUAUAUAUAUAUAUA